CUGACCUGUAAACCUCUCUGAUAUAAUGACAGUUUUAGGAGGUGCUGGGUAGAUCAAGCAUACGGCAAAUGUGAUUUAUAGUUUUGCAUAUUAAUUUGAGUAGCCAAAGAUGAGUGAGAGAGCUGGAAUGCUGCAUUUCAGACUGGAGAACCACGGGGACUCCAUGCUGGACAGAAUGAAUUCCCUGCGCCAGCAAAACAAAUUUUGUGAUGUUACUGUGCAUAUUGAUGAAACAGAGGUUCCAGGACACAGGGUGGUGUUUGCAGCAGGCUCACCGUAUCUGAGGGACCAGUUUUUGCUGAGCAAUUCACACGAGGUGCAUAUUUCUAUCCUACAAAACUCACAGGCCGGCAAACAGCUCCUCCUUUCUUGUUACACCGGCAUCCUAGAAUUUCCGGAGAUGGAGCUUGUGAAUUACCUGACCGCCGCCAGCUUUCUACAAAUGAGCCAUGUGGUGGAGAGAUGCACGGAGGCUUUGUGGAAGUUCAUCAAACCCAGUCAAGUUUCAGAGAGAAAAGACGACGGACAGGAAUCCAGUGUAGAUAAACGUGGAGCAGAGCAAGAAGGGGUCGAGGAUACAAUGCAGCCAGAAUCUCCAGCUAGUACACCUUCAGACGAUUCCCUGGAUAAUGAUGACAUUCAGAUUGUUAAGAUUGAGUCAAUUGGGGACGUGUCCAGUGACAAAACGAAAGUGUGUCAAAGCCAGUAUAAUUCUUCCGAACAGACUGCUCUCCAUUCUCUUGAACCACAACACUCCCUGAUCAACUCCACUGUAGAAAACAGAACCGGAGACACGGACAACCCUCUUCACAGCUACACUAUGUCCGAUAAUAGCAGCGACAACAUGGGGCCACCAGCUAAAGAACUUUUUGGUCCCGGUAACAGGAUAGUGGACAAAACAUUACAGUGGCAUCACCAGUGUCCAAAGUGCACAAGGGUCUUCCGCCACUUAGAAAAUUAUGCCAACCAUUUAAAAAUGCACAAGUUAUUUAUGUGUCUCCUUUGUGGUAAAACUUUUACGCAGAAGGGCAACUUGCACAGGCAUAUGCGGGUGCAUGCAGGCAUCAAACCCUUCCAAUGUAAAAUAUGCGGUAAGACUUUUUCCCAGAAAUGCUCCCUGCAGGACCACCUCAACUUGCAUAGUGGAGACAAGCCUCACAAAUGCAAUUACUGUGACAUGGUCUUUGCCCACAAGCCUGUGCUAAGAAAACACCUGAAACAGUUGCAUGGUAAAAACAGCUUUGACAAUGCCCACGAAAGGAACACACAGGACAUUGGUCUGGACUUUGAUACUUUUUCAAACACGCAUGACAGCAGUGAAAUUAUAAGCCAGAGUAUUCACAAAUAAAUAAGGGCAGUAUAUGAAAAA